AUGCCACCUGCCAGUCUGCUCCUGCAUCUCUGCCAGCAUGCCACCUGCCAGUCUGCUCCUGCACCUCUGCCAGCAUGCCACCUGCCAGUCUGCUCCUGCACCUCUGCCAGCAUGCCACCUGCCAGUCUGCUCCUGCACCUCUGCCACAUGCCACCUGCCAGUCUGCUCCUGCACCUCUGCCAGCAUGCCACCUGCCAGUCUGCUCCUGCACCUCUGCCAGCAUGCCACCUGCCAGUCUGCUCCUGCACCUCUGCCAGUGUGCCACCUGCCAGUCUACUCCUGCAUCUCUGCCAGCAUGCCACCUGCCAGUCUGCUCCUGCAUCUCUGCCAGCAUGCCACCUGCCAGUCUGC